AUGGCUCCUAUUCACUAUGCUUGUUUAAAAGGAAGGCAGGAGUUGGUCCAGUACAUUAUAGAACAUUUAACAUCACAAAAUGAAAGUCAAUUGAUUGACACUAUCCUCAAGCAUAAAAUUAAUAAUGGUAAAACAGCUUUGCAUUUAGCCUGUGAGAGUGGUAACAUUCAAUUGGUCACAUUUCUGAUAAAUGAUAUGAAAUGUGAUGUCAAUGCUAAGGAUACACGUGAUCAAGGAUGUGUCACUUUAGCCUGUUUAUCAGGUAAUCUUGAUUUAGUACAAUUACUAAUACAACAGUAUAAGCUUCAGCCUUUAGCUACUGAUAAAUAUGGCAUAACAGCAUUACAUGCAGCAGCACAGACUGGUCAUACUCAUAUACUGGAAUGGUACAGUCAGGAGUAUAGUGUGGAUAUUACUAAUCACACUAGCAAUAACAAGUACACACACUAG